UUACGGCGAGAGCGAGCUCUAUACGAAGAACUGGCUACCAAACCACCACACCCAAACAUCGUUCAGUAUUUUUUAUCUACAGAGAUGGCUAUCUUCCUAAGGUUCGAGCCCAACACUCUAGAAAGGCGUCUUAGCCACCGAUUCGCGACUCCUAUUCCGGAGGAACGGCAAUUCUCCUGGAUCAAGGAGAUCGCAAGCGCUGCGUCCUGGCUCGAGAGACUUGACUUCUUCCACGGCGACCUACGACCGGAAAACAUUCUCCUGGACGAGACCGAACAUGUUAAGGUCUGCGACUUCGGGCGGGCUCAGAAGCGGGGAUGCAAGGUCGAGGCAGCGACAUACCCUUUCUAUCGCCCGUGUAAGAAUGCAGCCGCCGGCCCUGCGCAUGAACAGUUCGCGAUCGGUUCCUGCAUCUACACUAUCCGUACUGGAGAGGUGCCCUAUGGCCAGUGGGAGACGCCUGAGGAAUUCAAGAAAAUGUACGAGGCCCUUCUCCGGGGGGAGUACCCACCAACCGAAGACGACGGUGUAUUCGGCCAUAUUGUCUCGUCUUGUUGGCACUUAAACUACGACAGUAUGGAAGAUGUAGAAGCAGCUAUUCAACGGGUUGUCGGCAUGUUGUGCGAGGAAGGCAGUGCUGUUCGUCUGUCGCGGGAAGAACAUGACUUUUGUGUGCGGAAGUGUCAGGAAUUUCUUGCCCGGCAAAGGCAGGAGUACAAGGGAAGUAAUGUAGUGUGAAUGACAGGUCCCCAUCCCGGACAUAGGGCAGUCAGAUAUACUACGUUCCAGAUAGCCAUAACUAAUAGAUACCUGUCGGGCUGUG